AUGCAAGUCGACUACCAGACUCUUGAUGGUCUUUACCAAUCGGCAAGCGGGUAUGGAUGCGGGACGUACGAACCAUCCAUCACCUCGUCUGCGUCUUCAUCACAAGCCUCUGUCUUCUCCGAUGAGGCAUCCGUACAGAGCUCGAUAGCCAGCUCGAUCUCGGAUGACUUCCGGUGCAACCAAGAAGAUGCGAGAGACCGAGCAUAUGCUCAGACACAAUUGCAGCAGAAAGCUGCACUCGACAGCUACAAUGCGCAACCCCCACCAUCCCAACAACAACAAUGCAGGAUCGUCAACUUCCUCCAGAACGUGCAGGGCGCAUUUCCGCCCCCGCCAUCAUAUGCAGACGUCACAUCUGUGCCAGCGCAGCAACGACAGCAUCCGCGGCGAUGCUCGCUGUCCCGGAACCAGAAGCCACCUACGCUCCAGCGACAAUGCGAGCGGAAGGUGAACUUUGUCGAAAACCUCGUCGGAUCUCGGCUGCAUGAAGACUCUGCAACGCAAAUGGUUGAAGUCAUCUGGCCACUCUCUGUACCACCUUGCAGUCGCGAGGGCAACAGCGAGAAAGGCGUCUUGCCACUGCGGACGUACAUUGAGGAGACCCUACGACGGUCAAAGACGAGCUACUCCACACUGCAAGUGGCGCUCUACUACCUUGUCCUCAUCAAACCCUUCGUACCCAAGCGUGACUUCACGCAAGAGCAGCGAAUGGAUUGCCCGGCCAGCCGUGCACUCAUGUGCGGUCGGCGAAUGUUCCUGGCCGCGCUCAUACUGGCUUCCAAAUACCUGCAAGACCGGAACUACUCUGCCAAAGCCUGGAGUAAGAUGUCAGGCCUGAAAGUUUGCGAGAUCAACUCCAACGAGCGGACAUUCCUGAGCAAGGUGAACUGGAAGCUGCACAUACCGGAGCCCAUCUUCAAGCGGUGGACGGAGAUUGUGCUGGACUUUACGCCUCACAUGCAGCCGCCACCGUCUCCAGGAGGCUUCAACAUAUUGCCACCCAGUUGGAAGGCGAUCAUUCCGCUGCUGACACCUGAGCUGGACAGAGUGCCUGCGAGUACGGGGUGGAAGCACAAGCGGUCGAUACAGUGCAUGGGCAACUACGGGCUGCCAACACCUGUCACCCCUACGAAGCCAACCAUCAACUUUUCACAACAGCUGGAGUCGAUGUCGCAGGAGGGCACACCAACACCUACCACAAUCAUUCCUCGGUUCUUGGAACCCAACCCCAACAUGGAGCCGCCAGCUGUGCCGCGCAUGGGUCCAUUACCAACGCCACAGAUGACACCGACGUCGAUCGCCUCAAGCACUCCUGCAGCGAGUACUUGCGGCGCCCCUCGUCGACCGUCCAUCUGCGCCGCAAUGGCCAUGGCCCAGAAAGCCGGCUUUAACCGCUGUGCCACCGAGGUCUUCCCGCCACCAUCAUCCCGGCGACCUUCCAUCGCCAGCUCCGCCUCUACCUUCUCCUCUCCUGAGUCCAUGAUCUCCGACCGCUCCCGCUCUUCCCGCGCCUCCUCCAUCUCAUCCGUCUCGACCACUUCCUCCCUCCCGCCCAACAACCGCGCCUGCCUCGCGCGCCAAGCGACGUGCCGCAAUGCUGGCUUACCUCUCCGACCUUUCCCAGUCGACGAAACCGACGAGAAAGAAAACACCGCCCUGCCCUACCGCGAACCUCAGCUCGUCAGCAACGACGGCGAAGCGGAGCCGAUGGUCUGUAACAGCCCCGAACCAGCCGAUUUCUCCAUCAGCGAGAAAGUCCUGACGAGGCCGGAUAAGCACUCCAAACAUGCGCCCUCGCAGCAACUCGCCGCCGCAACUUCUUCCUCCGCGGAAAAGCGCAAGCGCGCGCGCAACUCCCACGGCGGACGACGCAGCGAUUUGCAGGAGGAAGUCCGGCAGAUGCUCGAAGAAGCCGAAGAGGACGCUGCGCUUGAACGCGAGUCUGAGCAGAUGGAGACGGACGAGUGCGUCAAAGAGUCUCCUGCUGUGGGCUAUGCACGGGGUAUGUUGACGAGACGGGAUUCGAAUAGCAGUUUUGGCGGUAGGGCACAGCAGCAGAAAGAGGUCCAGCCGCCGCCGGCUUUGAGUAGGAGUGGGAGUGGGCGGCAGAGGGUUGUGGUGGAGAGGCGGGGUGGUGAGAAGAGGGGGUGUUGUUCGUUGGAGCGGGAGCGGCAGCGGGGUUUGAGUCCCGGGGCGUUGUUUGGGGAGGUCGCUUAG